AUGGUUGUGCCGCCGAAGCCCCAGCUGCUGUCCCAGACCGUGAUCCUUGCGCUUAUUUGCCUCCCCCAGGCACAGCCGGCCGGCGUCUUCGAACUGCAGAUCCACUCCUUCCGGCCCGCACCAGGCCCGGGGACCCCUAGGUCCCCCUGCAGCGCCCGCGGCCCCUGCCGCCUCUUCUUUAGGGUCUGCCUGAAGCCCGGGAUCGCGGACGAGGCCGCCGAGUCUCCGUGCGCCCUGGGCGCGGCGCUAAGCGCGCCCGGACCCGUCUACACGGAGCUGCCCAGGGCCCCCGCGCCGGACCUGCCGCUGCCCGACGGCCUCCUGCGCGUUCCCUUCCGGGACGCCUGGCCGGCCUUCUUCUCCCUCAUCCUGGAAACCUGGAGAGAGGAGUUGGGAGAACAGAUCAGGGGGCGGCGUCCCUGCACCCCGGCCGAGGACGUGUGCGAGGAGCCUGCAGUGUGUCGAGCCGGCUGCAGCCCGGAGCACGGCUUCUGUGAGCAGCCCGAUGAGUGUCGCUGUCUGGCCGGCUGGACCGGACCCCUCUGCACCAUCCCUGUGUCCACCAGCGGCUGCCUCGACCCCCAGGGCUCAUCCUCUACCAACACCGGCUGCCUCGUGCCCGGGCCCGGGCCCUGUGACGGGAACCCGUGUGCCAACGGGGGCAGCUGCAGUGAGACCCCUGGGUCCUUCGAGUGUGCCUGUCCCCGGGGGUUUUAUGGAUUACGGUGUGAGGUGAGCGGGGUGACAUGUGCAGAUGGACCUUGCUUCAACGGUGGCUUGUGCGUGGGAGGUGCGGACCCCGACUCUGCCUACAUCUGCCACUGCCCAGCUGGCUUCCAAGGCUCCAACUGUGAGAAGAGGGUGGACCGGUGCAGCCUGCGGCCAUGCCAGAAUGGGGACCCGCAGCGCUUCCUUGUGCCGCCCGCCUUGGGCCUGUUGGUGGCCGCGGGCGUGGCCAGCGCGGCGCUCUUGGUGGUCCACGCGCGACGCCGUGGCUCUGGCCGGGAUACUGGGUCUCGCUUGCUGGCUGAGACCCCGGAGCCGUCGGUCCACGGCCCCCCGGAUGCUCUCAACAACCUGCGGACGCCGGAGGGACCCGGGGACCGCUCGAGCCCGGUGGCCGCCUGGAGUCCUCCCGAAGGCGGAGACGCGCGCGCGCUUCACUCGCCCUCGGCGCCUUCGGUCUGCGCUCGGGAGGCCUGACCUGCCCCCUCCUCAGAUCCUGUUUGUAUUUUUUCGGUGGUGCCUGAGCGCUCCCUGCGGACACUGUGGAGGUGAAGCGCCGGGGGUGGCUUCCAGCGUCCCUGGACAGCUAAAGACUCAGCCGGGACUGCUCAGGCUGGGUGCUUUGGAGUUGGUAUUGGGGCAGGGGAGGGAUUUGUGUCUCCAGAGAAGAGUCGAAUUCGAGAAACAACUGUUUUUAAAUAAG